AUGAACCCACAAAGAAUUAUUGAACUUCAAAAAAGAUACCAAACUACUCCAAAACCAUUGCAUUUGAGAGGAUCCAAAUCAGCAUUAUUGGUGUACCCAUUUUAUGCUAUUUUUGCUGUAAGUACUGCUAUUCCAUUGUUUUAUGCUGGAAGAGCUAUCUGUGGUAUUAAAGAGAAGAACUAA